AAAGUUGUAUUCACUGAUCGGUGAUCGCGUACAAUUCGUUUGUUAUUUUACUUACGAUUUUCACCAAGUUUUUAUCAAAGACCAAAGUAUUAAACUGUUCAUGUUCUACUCGAUUUGACGAUUCAUCUUGAGAAAUCAGACCGUGAAUAAUUAAAAAUCGUCGUGGGACUUUUAGAAUUGAACAAUCAAUUACCAGGCCCUUGCGAACGACCACAAUAUGUCGUCUUCUUUUGAUGAGAUCAAAAACUUGUACCAAACGUUGAAAACAGAAUGGAAUAAAAAGAAACCAGAUUUUAAACAAUGCAACAAUAUAUUGUUACAAAUCAAGGUUGGAAUGACAAAACAUACCUUUUUACCGACUUCUAAUGUGGAAGCCUCUCAAAAGGAAUACCUUUUAGCUAGAGACAUCUUAGAAGUUGGGGUACAAUGCAGUAUUGCCAUGCACGAUAUUCCAUCUUUUGAGCGAUACAUGGCACAACUCAAGUGUUAUUAUUUAGACUAUAGGGACAAAUUACCAGAGUCUGCUAACCAAUAUCAUUUAUUAGGUCUAAACUUACUGUUCUUAUUGUCUCAAAAUCGAGUAGCUGAAUUUCAUACAGAAUUGGAGCUUCUCCCAUAUGAUAUUGUACAAACCAAUACAUAUAUUAAGCAUCCGGUUGCUUUAGAACAAUAUUUGAUGGAAGGCAGCUAUAACAAAAUAUUUCAAGCAAAGAGUAAUGUGCCAUCCGAUACAUAUAAUUUUUUUAUGAACAUAUUGUCAAACACACUUCGUAAUGAAAUUGCUGAAUGUUUACAAAAAGCAUACAAAAAAGUAUCUAUAAAUUCUGCUACUAAAAUGUUGAACUUUAACAGUACAAAUGAAACUAAUGAUUUUGCUAAAAAGAAAAAUUGGAUUUUGGGUCAAGAUGGUUACUAUGUAUUCCACCUCGAAGAAGAGAAGAAAGCAGUAGAACCUUUGCCUGCAUUACAGAUUGCUGAUUAUGCUAUUCACUAUGCUAAAGAGUUAGAAACUAUAGUUUAAUAAAUUAAAUUACUAUACAUGGAUUUUUUUUUAUUGAUUAUUUGAAAUUAAAUAAAGUUAAGAAAUAUCAAAUUGUUUUAUACUAAUAUAAUAGUUUGGAAGUUUUGUUUUUCAAAUUAUUUUGUAUAUAAAUAAUUAAAUAUAAAAAUAAUUUGUAACACCACAUCAUACUUUUUGUAAUUAUAUGGUAAACAAUUCAGAAAAACA